AUGGUGCGUUUAGAACACUUCCUUCAACGAAUCAUGACGGAUGAUGAUAAUACAUACUCACAACUAGACGCGACUAUUUCUCUCAGGAAGCUAGUAACUAAGCAUCCUCUUCUCGAAGAUAUUACUCGUCCGGAUAUUGUUUCGAGAUUUAAUCAAUUUCUUGCCUACGAUGACUUCCCUCAGCUUAAGCAUGAAGCAGCUAGGAUGCUCGCAACAAUGACCACUGAGAACGUGCAGGUCCUCGUUGGUUGUGGCACAGUCCCGUUAUUAGUCAAACUUAUCAACGCGGACGCUGAGGAAGACCGAUUAUUGGCUGUGCGGGCACUGCGAAACAUUGCUGCUAAGUCAAUAGAAUGCAGUGAUCAUGUCCUAAGUUGUGGAGCCUUGAUGCCUCUGCUGUCUCUAUGCGAAGUGCCGAAUCAAACCACCACCAUGCUGAGAGAUGCUACAAGAACGCUCACAAUUUUGUGCUGUUUGAGGCCUUGUCCUCCACUUGCUCAGAUUCAACCAGCACUACCAGUACUUGAGAGGUUCUUGCAAUCAGAAAACUAUGAUCUCCUCUUUUUGUCCUCUUCUCUUCUUGCAACUUUCUUUGCGGAAGGCGAAAAUGAUGAGACACGACAAGCCCUUAUCGAUUUGGAGGUUAUUCCUCUACUAAUGGAAUUAUUUAAGCACGAGAGCGCAAAGAUUCAUAGAGAAGUCAUUCGUACAAUACUUGCUGUACUCAGUUGUGGAAACAGAGAUCAUUCACAACUGGUUAUUGACCAAAUACCAAUUCCUAGUAUUGCUUCUUAUUUAACAAAAGCAGAAGAUACUCAGGCCAAGACAGUAGCUUCCUACAUUGUCUACAAUGUUGCUUGGUGGGACCAAUAUCAACUUGAACAAGUGAUUGCGUCAGGAGUUGUGCAAAAUAUGAUUCCUCUUCUUCAAGACCAUGAUCCCCGCCUUGUGAUUUUUUGUGUUGGAACGAUUUAUAGAGUAACAAUUGGGAGAAACCGUGAGCAUAUAAGUUUACUUGUGAGCCAAGGAUGUAUUGAAGCAUUGUGUGAUACUCUCACAUCUCUCGACCAACGUAUCAUCCAGUUUUCUUUGAGUGCUCUAGAGGACAUUCUAGGAGUAGGUCGAGACGAGGAGAAUCAAGGGAACCUAGAAAGAGGAGGAGGUUCUCGCUACGCUAGGAGGAUUCUCAACGCAGGAGGGCUGGAGAAGAUCAAUGCGCUUAAGGCUAACCAAGACAAACACGUCAAGGAAAAAGCAAUGUAUAUCAUGGCUAACUAUUUCAAUGAGGAUAAAAAAUGGUGGUGA